UCGCGUCGACGAUCGCGCGCGCGCGUCCGUGCGACGUCGCUCGACGCGAACGAGACGGACGCAACGGCGUAGGGUGUUGAGCGCGGUCGAACGGCGACGCCGACGCGAUGAGCGGUCGCGGACCGGCGCUUGAUCGCGCGAGUGGGUCAUUCAGACACUCCGAACGAUAUGCCGCCACCGCGGCGCGGUAUUCCAAGGCGAUCGAGCGGGAGAGGAACGCGGAAGAGAUCGCGCGGGACGGCGGCGGGGCGACGUCGCGAAGCGGAGGCGAACGGGAGUCGUUGUUAGACGCGCCCGAGUAUUUAGAGCGUCAAAGGGCGCGGAAUGAGUCGUUUAAGCGCGGGUGUGGACGGAUGUGCGCGCUGGUGUUCGUGCUCGCGGCGUUCGCAGCGGUCGCGGCGUUCGGCUUUCAACACUUUAACGGCGACGAUUCGCCGGCAAAGGUGACGGUGGAUUCGGACUCGGCGUCGAGCUCCAGGAAUAGCGAUUUAGGGCCGAGUGCGGCACCGAGAGCGACGACACCGGAUGUGUCCACGACUUAUCCGCCGCCGCCGAUGCCACAGCCGACGCCACAGCCUGAGCCGUCAUCGCAGCCGGCGCCGCAGCCAGAGCCGGCGCCGCAGCCACAGCCAGAGCCGGCGCCGCAGCCACAGCCAGAGCCGGCGCCGCAGCCACAGCCAGAGCCGGCGCCGCAGCCACAGCCAGAGCCGGCGUCGCAGCCACAGCCAGAGCCGGCACCGCAGCCUGUACCGACACCACCGGAGCCGACAACGGAACCGUCAGACGAUCCAUACGAUCCAUACUCCGCUGACUUGGCGCUACCAAUGCACGCUGGCGCCAUCGAAGAGGAGGCAAACGAGCUCGUGGAGAACGCCAUUCACCACGAGAUCGCGGGUGGGUUGGGACGAGCGUUCUUACGAAACAGCAAGGAGAGGUUUAAGUUUGAAGCCGCUCCUGAAGAUGAACCCGCAGUGCCCAAGGAUCCGAUGCCCGCGCCGGUGGACGAUCCAAAACGAAUUCCGGAAGUACGCUCAAAGAAGUGA